UGAACGCACAUUUUUCACCCCGCCCACCCCGCUGAAGGAGAUCAAAGCGAAGGAGCCUGGAGCACCUGGAAAUCCUCCAAGCACCUGGCGUCCCCUCCUUCCAGAAAAGGGUCAGAAAUCUUCAAAUUAGCUCGCCUACAUUGGUUGUCCCUAAGGCACCCCCAUGCAGUCAUUGUGUUAUGCUAAUUUGGGCAGUUUCAUGGCUCGGCCUUCAGCUUCGGCUCCAAAGCGCAUUUUGGGGAAAACGGUACAGGUUUCGGGAUUUGCUGCUAGGGGACCAAGGAUGGCAAAACGACGACAGAGUACAAGUUGAAUUCUAUAUGAAUGAAAACACAUUUAAAGAGAGACUAAAGUUAUUUUUCAUUAAAAACCAGAGAUCAAGUCUAAGAAUACGCCUGUUCAAUUUUUCUCUCAAAUUAUUAAGCUGCUUAUUAUACAUAAUCCGAGUGCUCCUAGAAAACCCUUCUCAAGGAAAUGAAUGGUCUCAUAUAUUUUGGGUGAACAGAAGUUUACCAUUAUGGGGCUUACAGGUUUCAGUGGCAUUGAUAAGUCUAUUUGAAACCCUACUCCUUGGUUAUCUCAGUUAUAAGGGAAACAUCUGGGAACAGAUUUUACGAAUACCCUUCAUCUUGGAAAUUAUUAAUGCGGUUCCCUUCAUUAUCUCAAUAUUCUGGCCUUCCUUAAGGACUCUAUUUGUUCCAGUCUUUCUAAACUGUUGGCUUGCUAAACAUGCCUUGGAAAAUAUGAUUAAUGAUCUACACAGAGCCAUUCAGCGUACCCAAUCUGCAAUGUUUAAUCAAGUUUUGAUUUUAAUAUCUACAUUGCUGUGUCUUAUCUUCACCUGCAUUUGUGGAAUCCAGCAUCUGGAACGAAUAGGAAAGAAGCUGAAUCUCUUUGACUCCCUUUAUUUCUGCAUUGUGACUUUUUCGACCGUGGGCUUCGGGGAUGUCACUCCUGAAACAUGGUCUUCCAAGCUUUUUGUCGUAGCAAUGAUCUGUGUUGCUCUUGUUGUUCUACCUAUACAGUUUGAACAGCUGGCCUAUUUGUGGAUGGAAAGACAAAAGUCAGGCGGAAACUAUAGUCGACAUAGAGCUCAAACAGAAAAGCAUGUUGUUCUAUGUGUCAGCUCCCUGAAGAUUGAUUUGCUUAUGGAUUUUUUAAAUGAAUUCUAUGCUCAUCCAAGACUACAGGAUUAUUAUGUGGUGAUUUUGUGUCCUACUGAAAUGGAUGUGCAAGUUCGAAGGGUGCUACAGAUUCCAAUGUGGUCACAAAGAGUUAUCUACCUUCAAGGUUCAGCCCUCAAAGAUCAGGAUCUAUUGAGAGCAAAGAUGGAUGACGCUGAAGCCUGUUUUAUUUUGAGCAGCCGUUGUGAAGUGGAUAGGACAUCAUCUGAUCACCAAACAAUUUUGAGGGCAUGGGCUGUGAAAGAUUUUGCUCCAAAUUGUCCUUUGUAUGUCCAGAUAUUAAAGCCUGAAAAUAAAUUCCAUAUCAAAUUUGCUGAUCAUGUUGUUUGUGAAGAAGAGUUUAAAUACGCCAUGUUAGCUUUAAACUGUAUAUGCCCAGCAACAUCUACACUUAUUACACUACUGGUUCAUACCUCUAGAGGGCAAAUUUUGAAAUAUGGCUCUUGUCAUUUGCUGAAUAUCAGUAUUCAGGAUAAAAUGAGGGGAUUGUCUCCAGCCAGAAGCAGAGCAACUAUCUCUGUUCUUAUAGGAAUUGCUAUGGAUCUUUGGGAAAGAGAAGGUCAACAAUCACCAGAACAAUGGCAGAAGAUGUAUGGCAGAUGCUCUGGGAAUGAAGUAUACCACAUUGUUUUGGAAGAAAGUACAUUUUUUGCUGAAUAUGAAGGAAAGAGUUUUACAUAUGCCUCUUUCCAUGCGCACAAAAAGUUUGGUGUCUGCUUGAUUGGUGUUAGGAGAGAGGAUAACAAAAACAUUUUGCUGAAUCCAGGUCCUCGAUACAUUAUGAAUACUACUGACAUAUGCUUUUAUAUUAAUAUUACCAAAGAAGAGAAUUCAGCAUUUAAGAACCAAGACCAGCAGAGAAAAAGCAAUGUAUCAAGGUCAUUUUAUCAUGGACCUUCCAGAUUACCUGUACAUAGUAUAAUUGCCAGUAUGGGAACUGUGGCUAUAGACUUGCAAGACACAAGCUGUACAUCAGGAAGUGGCCCUACCUUGUCUCUUCCUUCAGAGGGAAGCAAAGAAAUCAGAAGACCUAGCAUUGCUCCUGUUUUAGAGGUUGCAGAUACAUCAUCGAUCCAAACUUGUGAUCUUCUAAGUGAUCAGUCAGAAGAUGAAACUACCCCAGAUGAAGAAAUUUCCUCAAACUUAGAGUAUGCUAAAGGCUAUCCCCCUUACUCUCCAUAUAUAGGAAGUUCACCCACUUUUUGUCAUCUUCUUCAUGAAAAAGUACCAUUUUGCUGCUUAAGACUCGACAAGAGUUGCCAGCAUAACUACUAUGAGGAUGCAAAAGCCUAUGGAUUCAAAAAUAAACUAAUUAUAGUUGCAGCUGAAACAGCUGGGAAUGGAUUGUAUAAUUUUAUUGUUCCUCUCAGGGCAUAUUAUAGACCAAAGAAAGAACUUAAUCCCAUAGUACUACUGUUGGAUAACCCGCCAGAUAUGCAUUUUCUGGAUGCAAUCUGUUGGUUUCCAAUGGUUUACUACAUGGUGGGCUCUAUUGACAACCUAGAUGAUUUACUCAGGUGUGGAGUGACCUUUGCUGCCAACAUGGUGGUGGUGGACAAAGAGAGCACCAUGAGCGCCGAGGAAGACUACAUGGCAGAUGCCAAAACGAUCGUAAACGUCCAGACCCUUUUCAGGUUGUUUUCCAGUCUCAGUAUUAUCACAGAGCUUACUCACCCAGCCAACAUGAGAUUCAUGCAAUUCAGAGCCAAAGACUGUUACUCUCUUGCUCUUUCAAAACUGGAAAAGAAAGAACGGGAGAGAGGUUCUAAUUUGGCCUUUAUGUUUCGACUGCCUUUUGCUGCUGGGAGGGUGUUUAGCAUCAGUAUGUUGGACACACUUCUUUAUCAGUCAUUUGUGAAGGAUUAUAUGAUUUCUAUAACCAGACUUCUUUUGGGACUGGACACUACACCAGGAUCAGGAUUUCUUUGUUCUAUGAGAAUCACUGAGGAUGACUUAUGGAUCAGAACUUAUGCCAGACUUUAUCAGAAGUUGUGUUCUUCUACAGGAGAUGUUCCCAUCGGAAUCUAUAGGACUGAGACUCAGAAACUUACUACAUCUGAGUCUCGCGAAACAGCAUCACAAUCUCAAAUAUCUAUCAAUGUAGAGGAGUGGGAAGACACCAAAGACACCAAAGAACAAGGUCACCACCGCAGCAACCACCGCAACUCGACAUCAAGUGACCAGUCAGACCAUCCCUUGCUGCGGAGAAAAAGCAUGCAGUGGGCGCGAAGACUGAGCAGAAAAGGUCCAAAACAUUCUGGUAAAACAGCUGAGAAAAUAACCCAGCAGCGACUGAACCUCUACAGGAGGUCAGAAAGACAAGAGCUUGCUGAACUUGUGAAAAAUAGAAUGAAACACUUGGGUCUUUCUACACUGGGCUAUGAUGAAAUGAAUGAUCAUCAAAGUACGCUCUCCUACAUCCUGAUUAACCCAUCACCAGAUACCAGACUAGAGCUGAACGAUGUUGUAUAUCUCAUCCGACCAGAUCCACUGUCAUAUCUUCCAAACAGUGAACCCAGUCGAAAAAACAGCAUCUGCAAUGCCCCUGGACAAGAGUCUCGGGAAGAAACUCAGCUUUGAUAAAAAGAAAAUAAGAGACUUUUUUUUCCCUACAAGGAUCUUGCUUGAAGCGAUUCUAAAUCUUAGAACAAAAGUGUGGCUGGUAUGAAAGAAAUUGGAUUGGAAUGUAUUUAAUCAUCAUACUAAAAAAAAAAAAAAAUCUCUUCUCUUAGAAGUACAGGUUAUUUUAAACUUAAUGUACUACUUACUGAUUCUCCUCUUCCCUUAAUAUUUGAAAGACAGCAAUGACUUGAUCUUGAAAAAAAAAUUAAAACCCAAAAUUUAAAUAUUAUAUUUGUUAAUUGACAAUGAUCCAAACUGUAUGAAGCCAGUUUUAAAAUUAUUAAGUUUUUGUGAAAGCAAAUUUAUCCAAUGACAUUCAGUGCAUCACAAUGACAGAGAAGACUGUUGCUCCUCUUAAAAAUUAAUGUGUCACUAUAUUCUUUACGUUAACUGUUUCAUAAAGUCAAGCUUAUCAUAAAUGUCUAGUCUUAUCUACAUAGAGAUUAACAAAUAAACUUGUGUAGUUUACUUUUGGUAGGAAUCAUAGUUUGCUCUAGAAUACACAUCUUUACGUCAUUUUAAUUUUUCUUUGUCUGCCUUUUCGUAUGAUAUAUUCAUUUUAGAAUUUGAGAUGUUCUUAGCAUGUUUUAUUAUACUUUAGAAACCAAAACAUAAACAAAAGGAAAUAUUAAGUACCUGAACUUUUUAUAACUUUAAGUCUGACAUGCAUCAUGUGCCAAGAAAAAUGUUCUAAAAAACAAAUAUCUGUUUUCUACUAAAAGAAUGCCUAGCAUAGAGAAGGUACUUAAUACAAUUUUUUGGCUUAAACUUAGUCCAAGAAUUGAAACAUUAACUGGAUCUGUUUAAAUGUGAAGUUAUGAUUUUCCUUAAUAUUUUCAUAUGUCUAGACAAUAUAUUUCAUUAGAAAUGCACUUUAAAAUUUAAAGAUGCAAAAUUAUACAUUUGGGGUAUACAAACACAUUUAAAAACACUAAGCGUCCUCCAUUAUGAAUUAAGUAUUGAAAUAAUCAUGCAAAGAGUUAUAUGGUAAAAUUUUUCAUUUAAUUUUGAAAAUUCAGGUAUAGGAACUAUAUUUUAACAUUAUGAGAAAAAAGCAAGUAGUUCUUGUCCUUUAAAUUUAAUAUGAAUCAUGCAGAAUUUCACAGUUAUAAAUUGACUCUUGGUGGCAUCAAUGUUUUUGUCUGUAUUGCCUUUUUUCCCACCACAGAAACAGACUGAAAACAGCAAGAGAAUCUAUAUGUAGUUUACCAGGUAGUUAAAGUAUUUUAAGGUGUUCCCAUGGCAGAGACAUUUGUAAAUUUAAAGAUAUUUUAUUCUAAUUUUGAAUUUUUAUUCAAAAUUAGUUCAUAUAUAUAUAUAUAAUAUAUAUAUAUGUAGACAUUUUAUCCUUCUCAUAAAGAGUAGAAGGCUUAAAAAUCAUGGUUAAAGAAAGCCUCUUGUUCCCUCAAUAAUAAUUCAACAGAAAAAUGCAAAAUAUAAAUGUGAAAUCAAAGAUUAUAGCCAUUGCAUAACUUCACUUAGAGCAUAUGAAAUGCCUAUUUGCUGUUUUUUUUAAGUAUUCUACAUUACUGUACCUUCAUUUUAGAAUAACAAGAACACAAAAAAUUUUCCCUAAAAUACAAAGAGCCUAUUUUUAAUCUAAUUUAAUCAGAGAAGUAGAAGUUAUAGCAGGUUACUUAAAAUUGGAAGCAUGCCUUAAAAAUUAAAGAUUGUAUGCAUAUGUAUGUGUAUAUGUUAUAAAUAAAUAUGAAAUAUAUUUGAUAAACACACAUAUUCACAUAUAAAUUGUCAAAACUAAAGGCAGACUUGACUAAUAUAUGUAAUAGAGAACAAAAAUGAAUUUAGGGACUUUGUUUCAAACUUUCACGACAGUCAAGUAUGAUGUUUUCUUAAGUUGAUGCUUCUUUACUCCAUUACAGUUAUUUUUAGGAAUAAAUGUAAAAUUUUACAAAUCUAUUUCCCACAUGAUCUCAAGUGCAGUAUUUUUGCAUUGUGACAGCUGUAAGACUAGAAUUUUAAACUAGGACAUGAUUAUAUUUCCUAUAAACCUCAAAAUUUUGUUGGAAAAAAAUUGGAAAUAAUUAUUUUUGAUUAUGAACAUUGGUCCAAAUUUAAUAUUUAACAUAAGUCAUACCAGCUUGCUAUAUAAGAUAUAUGAUAUAUAUGUUAGUUUAUUAGUCUUUCUGUUAUUUAAAGAUGAAAAACAUGCUUUUAAGGGUCUUUUAACAUAUUGUUGCCUUUUUCAGUAAUUACCCUUGCACAUGAAAAUAAAACUGAAGUCAAUAAUAGAUUUUGUAGCCUAAUAGAAAUUGUUUCUGCUUAUUGUCUAUGUACCAUUUUGCUACCAGUUAUGUUUAAUUGCUUUAAAAUAAAAUUAUU